GUCAGUGAGGGUGCUGAAUCCAAAAUGGCGCUGCCCUGUAAAAAUUCUAUCGGUUAUCCUGCUGUCACAACAUAAGCCUGGUUUUGCAUUUGAUUUGAUUCGUGUAAUGCGGGAAAAUGAGUGUAAAGGCGUUCGAGUUGGUUCCCGCGAUCGAGCGGAUCAAGUUGAUGUCCGAUAAGGCAAAAACACAGAUCGAAUGCAUUGAUUUUUGUGGAAAAAAUUUGUACAUUGGAACUAGUGACUGCUUUGUGGUUCAUUACAUGAUCGAAGAGCGUCAGUCGUCAAGUGGAAAAGUUGUAUUUCAUAAUGAAAAACUGGGACAUAAAUAUCUAGCUUUGAAAAAGCCGGUUUCUCAACUGAAGGCAGCGUCGGCUUUAAAUCGGAUUCUAGUCCUGUGUGAUAAUACCCUGACACUACUCAACAUGUUUGAUUUAGAGCCGAUCAUGAGUGGAGCGAAAGUCAAAGGAGUCACAAGUUUCUGUUUGAAUGAAACUCCGGCCCGUAAUAGUCCCUUCAGUGUAGAGAUCUGUGUAGCUCUGAAGAAGAAACAGCUACAGUACUACACAGCAACAGAGGAUCGACUAAUUCACGUGAAGGACAUCUCAUUGUCGGAGCCGGCCGUGUCCUUGGGUGUGGAUGGCAGUUUUAUUUGUGUUGCCACAAUGAGCCAAUACUGCAUGGUAAACUAUGAAUCUGGACAUAUGCAGGACCUUUUCCCCUUCGACAGUGAAAACAGCAAACCUCUCAUCCGCCGUAUCAGUAAGGAGGAGUUCCUGUUAAGCGGGCCAAGUGCGCUAGGUAUGUUCGUAACAUCGGCUGGUAUAUCACAGCGACCUCCUCUACAGUGGUCGGAGAAUCUGCUCGGAGUCAGCUACAUCCAUCCCUACAUCAUAGCCCUCAACGACGAGUUUAUCACUAUACAUAGUAUACUUGACCAGCAGCAGAAACAAGCCAUACCUUUCCAAGGAGGGUCAUUUAUAGGAAACUUCGACGGCAAAAUGUUUGUAGCUUCUCAGAGAGAAAUCUACUCCCUUGUACCAGUCGCAUGGGAAAAACAGGUACAAGCAUUACUUGCAGACAAACGAGUUUCGGAGGCCUUAGAUUUAGCGCGGAAUGCCAAUCGUGUGGGCCUUAGCAAGGAUAAAUUCAACAAGAUAUUCAGAAGAUUUGAACAACAGGCAGCCUUUAUAGAGUUUUCUCAGCAACAUUUUGAGGAGGCACGGGAGCUUUUCAAGGAAGGACAAGUGGACGUUAGAGAGGUGCUAAGUUUAUACCCACGGCUGUUGCCGUCCAAUUGUAACUUUACGAGGUCCGUGCCUCCCCUACAUGAGAUCGCUGAUGUGAACCAGCUGUGUCGUGGAGACGAGGCCGUCAUGAAGGAAUAUCGUAACUUCCUACGGCUCUACUUGGAGGAUUUACGAGGCACAAAGGCUGCUGUUGGUUAUAAACAGGAAAUAGAUGUAGCUUUACUGAAGUUGUACGCUGAAGUGAAUUCGCCAGAGUUAGUUCCCCUUAUUGCUGUUGAUACCGGCUGUGAUCUGAAGGACUGUGUUGAAUGGUUGGAGAAGUACGAGCGACACCACUCUCUGUCGCUUCUGUACAAGGUUCAUAAGGAGAACGACAAGGCUUUAGCUGUAUGGGUAAAACUUGUCAAUGAGGAGAUCAAAGAUGAAACUUUUCCUGGCCUGGAGUUUGUCGCAGAGUUCCUGGCAAAUCUCAGUGACCAUGAACUGGUGUGGAAGUAUGUGGACACUAUACUGGUCAAAGAUUCACAACUAGGGGUCAAGGUAUUUACAGAGCGCCCCCCUAAGGAGCCUCCGUCAGAGCGUUUACGACCAGAGGCAGUGAUCGACUACUUACAUCGGUUUCCGGAGGCUGUCAUCACGUACCUAGAACAUUUAGUAUUUCAGAAGAAGUUAGAGAAGGAGAAAUAUCAUACACACCUCGCUGUGCUGUACCUGGACGCUGUGUUACAGCUCAUGAAGGAAAACAAUGUUAAAAAAGAAAAAUUAGAUAUUGCAAGGUCAAAACUGCGACACAUUCUACAGAUGUCCAAUUUAUAUAGAGUACAACUCAUCCUCGGAAAGGUCAAACAGACGGACAUGUAUGCAGAAUGUGCCAUACUUUACGGAAAGCUUGAGGAACAUGACAAGGCCCUACGGAUACUGGUGCACAAACUCAAGGAUUAUGGGGCUGCUGAAAACUAUUGUCUCGUCAACUCUCAGGGCAAAGAUCCCAGUGUGAGAAAGAGGCUAUUUCAUAUACUGCUGAGUGUUUACCUCGACCCGUCCUACGAACAAAGGGAUUCCCUGGUUCAGCCAGCUGUUACUCUGCUCAAUAGCAACUUGUCAGAGUUUGAUACCGUAAAGGUGAUACAGUCAAUACCUGAGAACUGGUCCGUGAGUUUACUGUCACAAUUUCUGAUGCGAACGACUAGAAAAAGUAUGAACUCUUGUCGAAAUAAGCGUAUAGAACGGAUGAUGUCCCGAGGAGAAAAUUUACAGAUCACACAAAAUUCUAUAGAAAUGCAACGGAACUAUGUCACAAUGAAUGACGACAGGAUGUGUGCGAUGUGUAACCGGGCAUUUAGUGACACCUCUUUCGUGCGUUAUCCAAAUGGAGUAGUGACACACGUACAUUGUGCUAAAAAUAAACAUGUGUGCCCUGUGACAGGAAAACUUUUCAGCACCAAACAAUCCUGAUGAUCCUUAUGUCAGCACCGAAAAGUCCUAAAUCAAAUAUGUCGGCAUGGAAAAGUCCUAUCGCAAAUAUGUCAGCACCGAAAAGUCCUAUAUCUUGAAGGUGCCAGUAUGAAACGGUCGUCAGAGCAAGAGUGCCAGUCACAAGGAAAUCCUGACACUAUCUACCAUACAACAUCAGACUUUACUGGAAUCCAGUCAUCAAAAAUUCUUCAAUUUUACAUAAUCAUUCAUUUUCAAAUUAUAAAUAAGCAAAAAGUUAACAAAUAAGCUGUUCUAAAAUUUUAAUACUUAACUUUAAGCUUCUGGAGCAACUGAGGGUGAAAAAUGGUAUGCCUUAAUUAGUAUAAAUAUAUAAAAGGAAAUUACUAGAUGCAGGAUCAAAAUAUUUUGUGUGGAUUAUCUUUAAAUGGUUAUUUUAAACCUGAGGCCGUUUUGAAUUUCAUGUUUAUCAUUUAUUUUUUUUGAUAUAGCAACAAAAGCUGUAAUAGAAAUCUUCCUUUGUUAAGAAAACAGCACAAAUAAGCAGUGAUCUUCAUUCAAUUUUUAAUUUUUAAAUUAAUAGUUUUGCCAAUUCAGAGAAUUUAACAGGAAAUGUCUUUUUCAGCUAUUUUCUGCACAAAAUGAAAAGAAACAGGGCUAGUUACCUAUACAUGUAUGUACCUCAGUCUGAAUCAAGGCCUUUAUAAAGUAGAAAACUAACAGAGCUCACAUCAGAUAACUUUUAUCAUGAAGGCCUGUGACAAGUAGAUAGUUGUGAGCCCCCUUAUAAAUUUUCAUGUAAAAUUCAUCUGCGGGACGUGCUUCCUUAAAAACUUGUACCAUGGCAAGUAGACAGUAAUGGGCCCCGUUAAAACUUUUCAUGUAAAAUUCAUGUGGGGGACAUGCUUCCUUAAAAACUUGUACCAUGGCCUGUAUACGGUGAAAAAGUUUCACUUCCCCGAUCAUCUGUAGAAAAGUCAUACAGUACUCUGUGACUUACUUUGUUGCCAAGUUUCUGAAGAUUAAUAUUGAGAAAGCUUCUAAUAUACAUAUGCUAGAUGUGAUAUAGAAGUCACAAACAGCCAAUUCAAAACACGGAGAGGAUUUGUUCUACAUAAACAGCGAUGGUGGACUGUGCUGUAUCUUGCCAGGAGGCUGGAAUUAUGUUAAAUGUCCGAAGUCGGAAUAGUGCAAUAGAUGAGCUGCGACCGGCAUCACAUGCUGCCAUAGGAAACAAUUAAUCGGAUUAGUUCUUGAACUUCUGCAAAAGUAAAUUUGCUGUGAUGCCGCAUGGUGUGAAACAAGUUUUGUUGUCUCUCAUUGAAAAGCAUGUACAUGUAUUAUCCGAUACAUACCAGCAUCUUAAGUUUCUUUUAAAUUGAGACUCGAGUAUUGCCGACUCGAUUUCACUUAAAAAAAAUUUGAUUGGCUGUGGUGCACUGCAGUCAGUCAAUCAGAGUUUGCCAGGCAAUUGUUACAGCUAUUACCCAGGUUAAUUUUGAUUACCGAUAUAUAUGCAAAUCAUGAGGUCAUGAGAAAGGUCAAUGUUGAACUGAUCUACUGAAUAUUAUAUUUGAAAAAUUCAUGUGAAUCAGUAUGGCUGGAUUGAAAAGAAAUCCUCCUUGGUGUAUAAGGUCAAGGUCAUACAGUCAUGUGACCACUGAUUGUGGGUGUCAAGGUCUGUUCCAGAUCUUGUUGAUAUCAAGGUCUGUUCCAGAUCUUGUUGAUGUGUGUAUGUAAGUUAUAAUUUGUAGCACUGAUGUACGAAUAGAAAAUAAACAAAACAUUCAAAUUCAA